ACAAAAUGUUUUGCUUACAAAUCAAAGCUUGUUUUACAUGAGAGAAGUCACACAGGUGAGAAGCCAUUUCCAUGCUCUGAGUGUACAAAAUGUUUUGCUUACAAAUCAAAGCUUGUUUUACAUGAGAGAAGUCACACAGGUGAGAAGCCAUUUCCAUGCUCUGAGUGUGGGAAAUGUUUUACUAGCAAAUCACAGCUUGUUGAACAUUUGAGAAAUCACACAAGAGAGACGCCAUUUCCAUGCUCUGAGUGUAGAAAAUGUUUCAAACGCAAAUCACAUCUUGUUACACAUCAGAGAAGUCACACAGGUGAGAAGCCAUUUCCAUGCUCUGAGUGUGGGAAAUGUUUUACACUUAAAUUAGAUCUUGUUAGACAUCAGAGAACUCACACAGGUGAAAAGCCAUUUUCAUGCUCUGAAUGUGGCCAAUAUUUUACACGCAAAUCAUGUCUUGUUGUGCAUGAGAGAAGUCACACAGGUGAGAAGCCAUUUCCAUGUUCUGAGUGUGGGAAAUGUUUUACACGCAAAUCAUAUCUUGUUGUGCAUGAGAGAAGUCACACAGGUGAGAAACCAUUUCCAUGUUCUGAGUGUGGGAAAUGUUUUACACGCAAAUCAGAUAUUGUUAUACAUGAGAGAAUUCACACAGGUGAACAACCAUUUCCAUGUUCUGAGUGUGGGAAAUGUUUUACAAACAAAUCAAAUCUUGUUAAACAUCAGAUAAUUCACAAGCUUGUUCAACAUCAGAGAAGUCACACAGGUGAGAGGCCAUUUCCAUGCUCUGAGUGUGGGAAAUGUUUUACACACAUAUCCACUCCAUAUUUACAGAGAGAGGAUAUUUCUAGAACCAUGUGGCUGCCUUACAUAUCUGUUCUGCUGAAGCACCAUGUUGUGCUGCCCAUGAAGGACCUACCUGACGUGUACGGUCAGCAGAGACAGCCAGAACAGGGAGAUCAGCUUGAGAACGGAGGCGCUAUGUCCGGGGUGUGGGAGGGGAGGGGCCAGAUACCAGGACGCAGCCUGCGCCAAUUACAACUUACUUCCGGCCUGUGCGUUCCGCCCUGUGAUCAUCGAUUGCUGCAGCCUCCCAAUGUCGAUCAAGGUCAGGAGGUGGAAUAUAUAGAGGAUCACAGGGGUCUGUACAAGGACGUGAUGAUGGAGAAUCACCGGCCCCUCACAUCACUGGAUGGGCCCAGUAACAGAGAUACCCCAGAGAGAUGUCCCCGUCCUCUGUAUUCCCAGGAUUGUACAGAGAAGAAUCACAGGACCCCACAGGAGGAUCAGGGUGAAUAUCUUACAAAUAUGACAGAAGAUACAGAGGGAGAAGUAGAGACGUAUGUGACUGCUAUGAAGGCAGAAGAACCGGAAGGAGAAGAGACGUGUGUGACCGAUAUGAAGGCAAAAGGUAUAGAGGGAGAAGAAGAGACGUAUGUGACUGAUAUGAAGGUAGAAGAUAUAGAGGAAGAAGAAGAGACGUAUGUGACUGAUAUGAAGGCAAAAGGUAUAGAGGGAGAAGAAGAGACGUAUGUGACUGAUAUGAAGGCAGAAGAUAUAGAGGGAGAAGAAGAGACGUAUGUGACUGAUAUGAAGGCAGAAGAUAUAAAGGGAGAAGAAGAGACGUAUGUGACUGAUAUGAAGGCAGAAGAUAUAGAGGGAGAGGAAGAGACGUAUGUGACUGAUAUGAAGGCAGAAGAUAUAGAGGGAGAAAAAGAGAUGUAUGUGACUGAUAUGAAGGCAGAAGAUAUAGAGGGAGAAGAAGAAAUGUUUGUGAGGGAUGAUCAGCAGUGUAAGGAGGAGAAAAUCCCUACAGAUUUCAGCACAGGUGAAUGUACCAGAAGAAAUAUAUUGGCUGAACGUCCCAUUGUAUCGCGAGAUUGUGAAAUUGAAGCUAAAGAUAUCAUGCGAGAUUCUCUGGAAAACGAUGUGAUCCCAAUACUACAUCCAGAGCCUCAAAGUGCAGAUAUAUCAUCUCUUACCUCUAACCAAGAGGAAUGUCAUCCUGAUACCUCAGAUAUUGGUCUGUCCAUCACAUCUCUUAGAGUAGAUACAAUAUUUUCCAGUACUGUACAGGACAGAUGUUUUACACAGAGCACGAAGCUUAUUACUCAUCAGCCACCUAAGACAGGUGAGAGUUCAUUUCCAUGUUUUUCUCAGAAAUCACAUCUUGUUAAACAUGAGAAAAGUCACACAGGUGAGAGGCCAUUUUCCUGCUCUGAAUGUGGGAAAUGUUUUAAACUCAAAUCACAGCUUGUUAUACACGAGAGAAUUCACACAGGUGAGAAACCAUUUCCAUGUUCUGAGUGUGGGAAAUGUUUUACACGCAAAUCAGAUCUUGUUAUACAUGAGAGAAUUCACACAGGUGAGAAACCAUUUCCAUGUUCUGAGUGUGGGAAAUGUUUUACUUACAAAUCAGCUCUUGUUAGUCAUUAUAGAAGUCACACAGGUGAGAGGACAUUUCCAUGUUCUGAGUGUGGGAAAUGUUUUGUACACAUAUCACAGCGUAUUAUACAUGAGAGAAGUCACACAGGUGAGAAACCAUUUCCAUGUUCUGUGUGUGGGAAAUGUUUUGCACGCAAAUCAUAUCUUGUUAUACACGAGAGAAGUCACACAGGUGAGAAACCAUUUCCAUGUUCUGAGUGUGGGAAAUGUUUUAAUCACAAAUCAGAUCUUGUUAUACAUGAGAGAAGUCACACAGGUGAGAAACCAUUUCCAUGUUCUGAGUGUGGGAAGUGUUUUCAUUGCAAAUCAGCUCUUGUUAAACAUCAGAGAACUCACACAGGUGAAUGGACAUUUCCAUGUUCUGAGUGUGGGAAAGGUUUUGCACACAAAUCACAGCUUGUUAUACAUGAGAGAAGUCACACAGGUGAGAAACCAUUUCCAUGUUCUGAGUGUGGGAAAUGUUUUAAUUACAGAUCAGAUCUUGUUAUACAUGAGAGAAGUCACACAGGUGAGAAACCAUUUCCAUGUUCUGAGUGUGGGAAAUGUUUUACUUACAAAUCAACUCUUGUUAAUCAUUAUAGAAGUCACACAGGUGAAAACCCCUUUCCAUGUUCUGAGUGUGGGAAAUGUUUUAAUUACAAAUCAGAUCUUGUUAUACAUGAGAGAAGUCACACUGGUGAGACACCAUUUCCAUGUUCUGAGUGUGGGAAAUGUUUUACACGCAAAUCAUAUCUUGUUGUACAUGAGAGAAGUCACACAGGUGAAAAACCCUUUCCAUGUUCUGAGUGUGGGAAAUGUUUUAAUAACAAAUCAGAUCUUGUUAUACAUGGGAGAAUUCACACCGGUGAGAAACCAUUUCCAUGUUCUGAGUGUGGGAAAUGUUUUAAUUGCAAAUCAGCUCUUGUUAAACAUCAGAGAACUCACACAGGUGAAUGGACAUUUCCAUGCUCUGAGUGUGGGAAAUCUUUUGCACACAUAUCACAGCUUAUUAUACAUGAGAGAAGUCACACAGGUGAGAAACCAUUUCCAUGUUCUGUGUGUGGGAAAUGUUUUACAUGCAAAUCAUAUCUUGUUAUACACGAGAGACGUCACACAGGUGAGAAACCAUUUCCAUGUUCUGAGUGUGGGAAAUGUUUUAAUCACAAAUCAGGUCUUGUUAUACAUGAGAGAAGUCACACAGGUGAGAAACCAUUUCCAUGUUCUGAGUGUGGGAAAUGUUUUAAUUGCAAAUCAGCUCUUGUUAAACAUCAGAGAACUCACACAGGUGAAUGGACAUUUCCAUGCUCUGAGUGUGGGAAAGGUUUUGCACACAAAUCACAGCUUGUUAUACAUGAGAGAAGUCACACAGGUGAGAAACCAUUUCCAUGUUCUGUGUGUGGGAAAUGUUUUACACGCAAAUCACAGCUUGUUAUACAUGAGAGAAGUCACACAGGUGAGAAACCAUUUCCAUGUUCUGAGUGUGGGAAGUGUUUUGCACGCAAAUCACAUCUUGUUAUACAUGAGAGAAGUCACACAGGUGAGAAACCAUUUCCAUGUUCUGAGUGUGGGGAAUGUUUUACUUACAAAUCACAUCUUGCUGUACAUGAAAGAAGUCACACAGGUGAGAAGCUAUUUCCAUGUUCUGAGUGUGGAAAAUGUUUUACUUACAAAUCACAUCUUGCUGUACAUGAAAGAAGUCACACACAUUAAACGCAAUUUCCCUGCUCUGAGUGUGGGAAUUGUUUUGCAAAAAAUCAACUCAAUAUUUCUAGAGAGGAUAUUCUAGAGUUGGCUUAAACAUAAAUGGACAUCAGCAGACGCAGCCUAAUUAAUAAAGGGAAUGGAAAAGUUAUAAGGAGUUUAGAAAAAUAUUUGUUUCAUUUGUAUAUAAAAAAAGCCCUAAUUAUAAUGUAUAAAUAGAUUUGAGAUAUGUACAAAGAUUUAACAAGCCCAUCACACUAUGCUCAUGUACAAUUUUACCAUUAUUUUUAUGAUUGCAUUUUUUUAUUAAUACUUUACAAACAAUAUAGUACUGGCAAUUUGUUACAUGUUACUGGCGCUGUGCAAACUACGUAGAUAUAGAAAAAAGGAUGAAACUUUGUAUCAAACAUUAAUAAAGUGUAAAUGUAAUUAUUAUAAAAUGUUAUUUUCAUAAAAAGUCUCAAUAAA